CUUUAUACCUGUUUUCCUUUCCUCACCUUCUCUCUUGCUCCAUUGGCUCCACUAGGGGAUGAUGAUCUGGAGGCACUGAAAGCCAAGAACAUCAAGCAGACGGAGCUGGUGGCUGACCUGCGUGAGGCCAUUCUCCAGGUGGCACGGCACUUCCAGUGCGUGGAUCCCAAGAACUGCAGCAUUGAUCUGACUCCAGACUACAGCAUGGAGAGCCACCAGCGGGACCAUGAGAACUACGUGGCCUGUUCCCGCAACCGCCGCCGGCGAGCCAAGGCCCUGCUGGACUUCGAGCGCCACGAUGAUGACGAGCUGGGCUUCCGCAAGAACGACAUCAUCACGAUCAUUUCCCAGAAGGAUGAGCACUGUUGGGUGGGAGAGCUGAAUGGAUUGAGAGGUUGGUUUCCUGCAAAAUUUGUGGAGAUCUUGGAUGAGCGGAGUAAAGAGUAUUCCAUUGCUGGAGAUGACUCAGUCACAGAAGGGGUGACUGACUUGGUGCGAGGAACACUCUGUCCAGCCUUGAAGUCCAUAUUUGAACAUGGAUUGAAGAAGCCGUCUCUGCUGGGAGGGCCCUGCCACCCUUGGCUGUUCAUUGAAGAGGCUGCAAGCCGGGAAGUGGAACGGGACUUUGACUCUGUGUAUUCUCGCCUCGUGCUCUGCAAGACUUACAGGCUUGAUGAAGAUGGCAAAGUCCUCACUCCAGAGGAGCUGCUUUACCGGGCGGUUCAGGCUGUGAACAUGACACACGAUGCUGCACAUGCACAGAUGGACGUGAAGCUUCGUUCUCUCAUCUGUGUUGGACUCAAUGAGCAGGUGCUGCAUUUGUGGCUGGAGGUGCUGUGCUCAAGCCUGCAGACCGUGGAGAAGUGGUUCCAUCCCUGGUCAUUCCUGCGCAGUCCCGGCUGGGUGCAGAUCAAAUGUGAGCUGAGGGUCCUCUGCAAAUUUGCCUUCAGCCUCUCUCAGGACUGGGAGCUGCCAAUAAAGAGGGAGGAGAAGGAGAAGAAGCCACUGAAGGAAGGGGUGCAGGACAUGCUCGUGAAGCACCAUCUCUUCAGCUGGGACAUAGAUGGGUGACCCCCACCCUGCCCCAUCCUGGGAAACCUCGAUUGCACACACUCCUCUCCCCCACCCCCAUCAUGUCUCACUCCCUGCCCUCCCCCACCCCACCCACUUGUAUCUGUGACAAAAUCCCCCUCGGGGGGUGCUGCCAGGCCACCUGGGACAGAUGGCGGCAGCAGCACCAAGAGGCCAAGCUGCCAGCUCAAGGGAGGUGAUGGUCGAGGGUGGUGCUGCAAAGGGACAAGUCUGUUCUGGCUACCAAGUGCCCCCUCCCAGCUUUCCGCAUUUCUGCCAUCCCCUUCUUCUUGCCUCAGCCCUGCCUCCCCACCAGAGCCUGAGGGAGCAGCCUGGCCGGAGCACCUCGUGCCCCAUGGACCAGCAGCUGCGAGGGUGUGUGAGCGUGGCUGUGGCUGUGGGGACAGCCCUUGUGGGAUGGCUUUGAUCUGUGAAAGCUGGAGCCGUUGGCACUUGGCACUGCAGAUGCUGAGGAGUUGGGCUGGUGAGAGACUCAUUGCUGUAGAGGAGCAGGGAGAGCACAUCCCCUCCCCAUGCCAGCCAAGGGCUCCCCUCUGCGGGGGGACACGUGGAAAAGUUCCUUUGCCCUGGAGCCGGGACUGAGAAUAGGGAACUGGCAUCAGCAUCAUCCCACCUCCCUGGCACUGCUGUGUGGGGUGUUGACAAGAAUUGCCCAAGUUUACCAGCUUGUUACCACUGUAACAGCCUUAGGGGAUGGUCCUUGUCUCCUCUGGGAGCAGACAAAAACCACCUCUCCCCUAAACAUGUGUUUCAUGUUGUCAUUUUAGUCUCCAGAUGAUUUUUACUGUUAACCAAAAAGCUGUAAAUUUACUCCAAGAACGUGUAUAUUUUGGCACUGUUGUAGCUCAGGACAAGGUUUAGGUUGGAGCUGGCUCAGGGAGACUUAACUCAUCCUCCUCGCCCUGCAGUGGCAGUGGGGACAUGGGUCAGGAGUGGAGAAUUGCUGCUUUGUGGUGGUGGCUCUGGUUAUGGAGUCUGUGACUUUCUACUGAAAGCGCUUGUCUGUGAGCACAAACUACUCAUGGGAUGACACUAGAUUCUUACUUUCCUUUAUUUGGUGGGUUUGUAAAUAAAAACUGCAUCUUGGGAGAG